AGUCGUUAUGCCCGUUAGCUUUAUUUCCGCCCCUUCUCGUCGCCCUAGGGUUUAUUCAUUUCCGGCCCCUCUUCGUCUUCCUCCUCUUCUCUAGUUUCUUUCACACAAUUCUCAUUUCCUUUUCAUGGAUAUUAGCGAUCGUACCCAAUUACAUUAUCCCAGAUUCUCAGAACGGAGAAAUUGAUCUUCAAAACGGGGUUGGGUUUGGGAUAAGUUGGAUUUGUGUACAAUGACUUCGUGUAUGUUUGGAAGCAGUUUCAAGGAAGGACUUCUGACAGAAUAUUCAACGAUGGAUGGUGAAUCCAAUCAAUUUGAACGAAAGCAAGAACGUUUGAGGACAAGGUGGACAGCAUCUCAAGAUAAGAUAUUUGCAGACUUGGUGGUUGAGCAAAUUCAGCUGGGGAACCGAUCAAACAAUGGUUUUGACCAGAAAGCUUGGAAGCAUAUCCGCGAUCAGUUCAAUGCACAAACAGGUCUCAACUUCAACAAAAAACAAUUGAGGAAACACCUAGAUGUUCUCAGGACACGGUAUUAUAAUCUUAAGCCAGCUUUUGAGCAAAGUGGCUUUUAUUUGGACCAAUCUAAUCAUAUGAUAAUGCCUGAGUUUGAACUAUUGGAAGACCUCACUGAGGAACACAGUAAGCCUGAGAUGCUGAAAAUCAAGGAUUGUCACAUAUAUGACCAGCUGUGCUUGAUAUUCAAUGAGCCAGGGUUGGAUGGGAGAUAUGCUCAGUCUAGUCACUAUGAAGGUUUGGAAAAGAACAUGGAAGCACUCCAGAAUACAGGCUUGAAAUCAUCUCCUAGAAGUGCAAGUAUGCUUGUUGGAACUGUUGCACAAACCAUGCCUCGUCAAGAUAAUGCUCCAUCACCAGCAGCAGGUGUCAACGUGAAUGCAUCGGCAAAUGGACUAAAGAAGCGCCCAUCUGAGACACAUCUCAGUCCACGACAUCAUGCAAAAGACCAGGAAAGAUUGAAUGGGAUCAUUGCAGAAGCUAUGUUAGAGAUGAUUUCAGCUUCAAAGUUAAGGGUAGUUGCAAGAACUCAGGAUAACAACCAAUUUUCCAUCACCAAUUGUAUCAAGGCAUUGGAUGAGAUUCGAGGCAUUGAUCAGAGCCUGUACUUUGCCGCAUUGGAUCUGUUCGACAACUCCAAUCAAAGGGAGAUAUUCUUGUCUCUUAAAUGUGAGAAGCGAUUAGCAUGGUUGCAAGGAAAAUGUAAAAAUGCUUCCCCUAUUUUAGUUUGACGCAGCGACUCGUAUCUUAUUCUAACAUGAUAGAUACACUUGGAUUAGGUUACCUAGGUUGGCGCAUUGCUCUUGCUGUAGUUGUUGGCUAUUUUGUUAAUGCUAAUUCUAUUAGCUUACGUCCAUGAAUGUCAUGUUUCUAUACAAUUUAAUCAGAAGUCAUAGUUCAUAUGCUUUUUGUGAAUACAAUAAUACCAAAAAGGAUUCAAUUGCCCUUA